AUGGUCAAGCUACCUGGCUAAAAGAUACAUGAUUAUUUCUACUCCACGUGGCAGUCACCUCUGUAAUGGCUGUGUUAAGGCAUCAUUUUAGCCUUAAAUAUCAUACUCAAUUUUCAUAAUUCAUCAUACUCUUUUUUUAAUGCAGUUAUCAAAGUGCUUCACAUUCUCUGUUAUAAUCUCCAGGACACGUAGAUCAUGAUCCAGUGCACAGCAAAUACAUGUAGGUAGAUGCUUGCACAGGUGGGGUCUUAGCCACAUACUUGUGUUGCAAGUGCUCUAGGUGACAUUCUCAAGCGUUUCAACAUUCUUGCUGUGAAGGUUUUCUUAAUGUCUAAAUCCUCCUAUCCUGUGUUGCUAUUUAAGCCUUACUUUUUAUCCUGUUAACAGUAAAUCUCACUUUUAUUUAAAAUAUCGUGGCCUAAUUGACACGAUCUAUUGCUUUUCUUCUCCCAGAAGAAGAUCAGUUCUUCCCUAAGUCUUCCUUUCACAACUUCUGCAACCCUAAAUUUUCCAGGUCCAAAGAAGUCCCCAGUAAAAGCAGUGCUGAUGUGGAAUGGAACGUACCUAUUGUUUUCAUAGGAUUCAGGACCUUUCCCAUACUCUCUGCCACUCAGUCUUCUUUUUACAUGAUUUUACAAGACUUUAUUUUUCAUUUCCUGCUUCUUUAUGUAGUUUUACUUAAAAUGUAUUUUUGUAAGCUGAAUGUGAAGUUCAGCUUCAGGCAUACAAGUUCAAACUUGCUUAAUGGCUUUUGAGUUUAACAAGACAGUAAUGGUUGUAUCAGCUUUCAAGUAAACUUCUUGGUUCAAAGUCUGAAGUAAUACAACAAUAGCACUCCUAGGCAUGGCAGAUAAACAUAACUUGGGGUGCUGAACUGGCACAAGUAUACGUAAUAGCAUGCUCCCGUUACAGUCACAUGCUUGGACUUCUGCAAAUGGUGAAGUUACUAGGAAAUGAUGAUUCCAAGUAAUUGUCAAUACAGGCUAUAUGAUUGUCAAUAAAGCCACCACAGCUAUUCAGUGUUUUGGCUUCUUUUUUUUUUUCCCUGUAAUAAAUCACUGAAAUAAAGUUCCUAGGAAGGAGUAACUCCACUGCCUGCCAACAGCCUGGUUUAUGCCCUCUAGCCUGGCACGUCAAAGAACCGAGUUGCCCAGCGUGCUCCUGCUCAGCCGGGCAGAACACAAGCUGGGAUUCAUUGCGCUGCCUUCUCAUCCCCGAAUUUCAGACAGCUUUUUGGGGAAACUCGCUCUGUUCUGCCAAGAACAGCUGCUCUGAGGACAUCCCUAAAUAACAGGCUUUUCCUGUACCAACAAGGCGCAGUCUGAGGUAGGAAAUAGCGUCUGGGGGCGCCGAGCCUGUUGGAAGGCAGGGAGCCCAUUGGCAGGGUCAGUCAGCACCUGCCUGCCCUGCUGUGGAUUGUGCUCCAGCACCGAGCCAGAGCUCGCCGGGCGUGCCUGGGGACCAGAGUGAGCCUACUGACCCCUGUCACACCUGGGCUGGGCUGGCAGAGCCACGGGAAUGUGCUGCUCCCUCCUCCCCACUACGUGCCCCAUGGAGCUCCUCGCCGUGCUGCUUCUCCUGCAGGUUACUGCCACCAACAGUUUUUCUCAUGAUGUUGAAAAUUUCAGUUUAAGACGAGCUGUCCAAAAGAAGAAUACUCAGCUGAUAGAUUCUUAUCAAUUAGACAGUCUACGUCCUUUACGGCGUACGAAAAGGACAUGGGUUAUCACCACCAUUGAUGUUACAGAGGAGGAGAAAGGACCAUUCCCAAAAUAUGCUGGACAGCUGUUCAACAACAGGUCAUUUAAUACAUCAGUAAAAUAUUUAAUUAGUGGACCUGGGGUAGAUGAAUCUCCAGAGAUUGGAUUGUUUUCUAUAGAAGAUGACGAAAACGGGCAUGUGUAUGUACAUCGUACCAUUGACAGAGAAAAGACUCCAUCUUUUCAGAUACGUUUCGAUAUUGUGCACAGAGAAACUGGUCAGCCUUUGGACCGCCCUUUGUUUUUCAAGAUAAAUGUAAAAGAUGUUAAUGAUAACGCACCUGAGUUUCCCAAAGAGGAAUUCAGCGUUACAAUAAGGGAGAACCACAGUGAAGAUGAGCCAGUUUUCCAAGUUACUGCCUUGGACAAAGAUGAAGGUGGCACUGCUAAUUCUCAGGUGUCCUAUUCUCUAAGUACGCAAAUGCCCCUUCUAGAUGGAUUCACAUUUAACAUUGAUCCUACCACAGGAACAAUACAUCUGUCAGGAUGCCUGAAUUAUAAGACUGCCAGCACUUUCAAACUUCUGGUGAAAGCCUAUGACCAAGGAACUCCCCAGCUGUCAUCUACUGCAACAGUGAAUGUAGCUAUUGAAGAUGCAAACAACCAUCCCCCUGUAUUUACUAGGGAUAAUUACCAGCUACAGAUUUCAGCAGGCCGAGAACACUCAGCUGCAUUAUGGCUCCAAGUGGAAGAUGAAGACUCGCCUUACACUCCAGCUUGGAGAGCCAAAUACGCAAUAAUAAAAGGCAAUGAGAAGGAACAGUUCACCAUUGAGACUGACCCAGACACAAAUGAAGGCAUUUUGAGUGUUAUCAAGCCUCUCAGCUAUAAAGAUGACUCUGAGAAGAGACUCAUAAUUUCUGUAGCAAAUGAAGAACCUUUCUUCUCAUGUGAAAAUGGCAUUGUGAUGAUCUCAAGCCUAGAACCCAUGAACACAACUGUGAAUAUCAAGGUUACAGAGUCACAAAAUGUUCCCCAGUUUCAUCCUCCUAUACUUGUUGUCCAAAAAGAAGAUGAGAUGAAGCCUGGGAGAGUGUUUAGAAAGUAUCUUGCUACAUAUCCAGAUGGUGGGCCAAAUAAGAUUAGAUAUGAACUAUCCCGUGACCCAGCUGGAUGGCUGAGUGUAGAUGAGAAUUCUGGAGUUCUUAGUGUAGUAAAAGAAUUUGAUCAAGAAUCCCCUUAUGUGAACAACAGCCUGUACACCAUCAUCGUCCAUGCUAUUGGUCAUGAUACUCCACCACAGACUGGUACUGGCACCAUCCUGCUUUAUUUGUCUGACAUUAAAGAGCAUAUGCCAACGUUAGUGGCUCCUUCUUUAGAUGUGUGUGACAAAAAAGAAAGGAGACCUCUCAUUAUAAAAGCUAAGUCUCCUUUGGUGCAUUCACAUUCUUGGCCAUUUACAUUUGAGCUUGCUGAAGACUCUGAAGAUGUGAAGAGUACCUGGAAAUUAGGAAGGAACUUUGUGGAGUCGGUGGAACUUUUAAUGUUAAGAAGCCUCCCACAAGGUACCUACGUGGUGCCGUUCAUUAUUCGGGACAGGCGAGGACUUUCUACAAGGCAGAGUCAGCAUAUAAGGCUCUGCUUUUGCCCAGAUGGGCAUGCAUGUGAAGAUUUAGCACAAGGAGCCGUGAGAUUUGGAGGUGGUGCCAUUGCAAUAAUACUGACAGCUUUAUUACUACUAUUGGUUUCCAGUAUUUUACUUUGUCAGUUUCAUGUGCCACAAUCUAAAAGCAAAGCUGUUGUUCUACCUCAAGAAGGUGAACAGACUUUUAUCAACUAUAAUGAAGAGAGCAGAAAGCCUUUGUCUCAUAGUGGCCUAUACACUGGACAAAAGACAGUCCAAGUAAGAUACCGUGAUCACAUCAUACAGACAGUAGACAAAAUAUUGAAUCAGAAAUUGUAUGACCAAAGUGCACUGGAACCUUAUUGGGCAAGCUAUGCACCUUGCAUAUAUGCUGAGGAAGGAGAACUGGAGAAAAGUAACUCCUUCCACUCUCUCUCCAUGGGCAGUGAUGACUUGCCCAUAGAUUUUUUGAACACUCUAGGACCAAAGUUUUCUGCUUUGGAGGAAAUCUGUCAGAAGCGAUUUUCGUCAUUCAGUUAAUCUCAAAAGGCUGUGAGUACUUUAUGGUGUUGCGAAGGCAGCAGCACUGACAAAUUCCAAAGAACCCCCCCAUCGAUGCUUGAAAGUGUUGCACUAGAUUUGCACCAUGAGUACCUGUCUUUUAUUCUGCCUGCCUAUGCUGUUUGCACGCCUGCAGCCAAGAAUACGGCACACGUGGAAGGUACGCUCUACUCUGAAGAGAUGAUGGAGUGAUUUUGUCAUAUUCUGUGCAGACUUACACAAUGAGAAGGCCUAUUUGGCUGGCAAUUCAAGUGAAAGUUCCAUAUGGAAUUAAACUACUCUUGAACAGCAAAGGCAAUUACCACUUAGGCCAGUGAUACAGUCCUUUCUCCAGUAGAUGGUCUCUUUAAAUCCAAAAUUAUCCAUGCAGAUCUGACUUGAUGAUAAGAUCUUUUCUUUCUAAAUGAUAUUGAAACAUCUAAGAGAAAGCCCACUUGUACUGUUAGUGUGACUGUAUACUGCAUAAUAACCUGAGAGGUCUGCACCAUCCUUGCCUUUUAGCCUAAAACAGGCACUUAUUUAGUGCUUGCGUGCUUGUGCUGGCAUCUGGUGGCUCUUGGUAUUAUUACACCAUUGUAAACGAUAAGUAGUAAGAAAUUAAUGGAGGACAAGGUAUGGCUAUUCCUAUCAUCGAAAUAGAAACCUUCUCUAAAUUAGCUACAAGUGACCAUGAUAAGGAAAUCCAUGGGUUUCCUCAGGCAUCACUGCAAAAACAGAUGAUAUGAUAAAGAAAGGAUGGUAUCGAUUUUCCCUACAUGGAACGCACAAAUGUGUUACUUUUAAAUUGCAUGGUUUGUACGUGUCUGUGUACAAUUGGCCCGUGGUCAGUUAUAGCAUGAUGGCUAACAGUGUUACAAAACAUGAAUGAGGAAAUAACAGCUCAGAAGAUAGCAUGCUGCCAUUAGGUAAGUUAUGCAUGCAAUAAGAGGUGAAAGUCACAGUAUUCUGUUCUGUUCCACUUCUGUGCUAAAAGAAAAAUGCUCCGCCUGAGGCAAGCACUAAGUCUGGUAUCUAAGGAACUGUUCCUCUGUUUCAAAGUUUACUUAAACAGUAAAUUAUGCUUUUGCUCGGAUGUUAUUAAAUAAUAAUUCAAGGCUGGAAACUUCAGUCAAGUGUGAUUAAAGAAUCUGGCUGAAUGGCAGGCAGCUAAGUUUUCCUAAAUGCCAGCAGCAGGAUCUGUUUACACAAUAAAUCACUAGUCUGAUAAACUGCCCUUAACUUAGAAGUCUGGAUGGAAGACUUUAAAUCAGCAGCACCACCAACACCACCAACAGCACAAUAGCAAGAUGAUUUUUUUUUUUUUACUGCGAACUGUAACCAUAGUUGUAAGAUUAGAAUUGUUUUGAUUUGUUAUCACUGCUGAAAAUUAUGCAAGAUUAAAAAUAAUAAUCAAAGUGUUCUGUGUGUGUACUGUUCAUGUAAACUUGUGUUGGGUCUAUAGCACAACAAACACCAAAACUCAAAUAAUUAAAAUAAUUUAACAAAUAAUAAAUAAUUAAAAUAUUCAUUUUACAGAUAAGAUACCAAUG